AUUUUGCCUGUGCUCGAACGAGCCAAAUGGAUAUGCCGUCAUCUAUACGCUCUAACUCGCCUCGGAUGCGGAAAGAGAGGAAGACGGCCAACGCAUGCGUCGAGUGCUACCGGCGAAAACAGAAGUGCGAUCGCAAGCAGCCCUGCAGUAAUUGUGUCGGCCGGAAUGUUACUCCUAAAUGCCAUUACAGCAACCCAAGAAUAUCAGGCACUACGGAAGAGGCAAUCGGCACCCGGAUCGUGCAAGCACCAGCACCACCAGAUGGAACACCUGAAUUUACUACAGCAGUAGAGCCACAGGCGGCCGAUCUGGGCUACUCGUCUACUGCCGGCAGUAACGCCUUGGUGGAUUUCAAAGAGCUUUUCCAGAAAGAGAAUGGGCUUGACGCCGUUCCGCGCGCUCAUCAUCACCCGUUUCACCAGUCUGAAGCAUUUGCCACAUCAAGUGCGGCCAAUACCCGACUUCCUUCCAGGGUGGCCACAAUCAAGCUAGUGGAAGUUUUCUUCGACGAAGUCAACUGGCAGUACUUCAUUCUCGAAAAGCAAUACUUUGACUCCUUAGUUAUCUGCUGGUAUGGAACCAAUGUUGAGACCUUGUCGCACCUCAGCUAUGAAGAACUCGCGAGAGAGCUUUACUACUUUCCGGCAUUACUGUUCCAGGUUUUGGGCCUGGCGAUACAGGGUCUACCGCUCAACUCGCCUGUCUGGGAAUUCUUAUCGCAGGCCGAUAUGAAUUUGUGCCAGAAAUACAGUGACAUUGGGGAGGAGCUGAUGAUCCAGGCCCAAAGAGAAAAUGUGGCUCUUACAACAGUUCAAGCAGAUUUUCUAAGGGCAUCUUGGUUGAAGAACAUUGGAAAGGGUGUAGAAGCUUGGCGUAGCAUAGGAAAUGCAAUCCGAUCCGCACAAGAGCUCGAGCUUCAUCGCCACAAAAAUGCCCACGAACAAGGUUUGAGUACUCCUGGCACAACACUUAGCCGCAUGUGGUACGAAGAGUAUAAGCGACGGCUGUGGAUGAACUUGUGUACAUGGGACGCUUUGACUGCAAUGAUACUUGGUCGCCCCAGGGCUAUCCAUCCCGAUGAUUGCGACGUGGAGGAGCCAACUGAGUGCAAUAUCCCACAAGAUCCAUCCACCUGUGCCCCGGGCACUCAAGAAGCUAUUGUGGGACGAGACAGGCCUAACACUGUGUCCAACAAUCUAUUCCUGUACCGACUCUCGAGUGUGUGGCAUACUAUGAAAGCGCUGAAAGCCGAUAGAUCUUAUCUACAGGAUUACUCCAUCGUUGAACAACUUCAUGACCAGGUGAACCGUAUAAUGAACCGGCUGCCACUGACGCUUCGACAUGAGCACCCCAACUUAUCAUGGGACAAUCAAUACCCAUACCUACGCCAACAGAGAGAGGACAUUCUCACCAAAGCCAAUCUAAUGCUAAUAGCAAUACACCGUCCACACAUGAAGUACCGGGCCGAGGCACGGCGCGCCGCAUUACAAGCUGCGAUCGUGAUAUUAGACUCACAGCAUCGAUCAUUUAUGAUGGCCAGGCCACACCAAUAUAAGCUAUUUGGACUGUCCUUCUACACCAUCGACGCAUCGCUGUUGCUCUCGGUUAUGGCGGCUAGGUAUCUACCACAAAAGGACAGCGAGGUCAUGGUGAAGAUCGAUUAUGUCUUGCACCAAGCUAUAAAUAGACUGAGUGCAAUGCAUUCAUACAGCCCAAUUGCACGCUCUGGUCUCACUAUCCUUGGACAGUGUUAUCAUGUUCUACGGAAGCGCCUGGAGUGCAAUACUGCCACAUUGGAUUCUCUAAAGGCCACGGCCACCGACCUUGGAAAUCUCGAGCAGGAGUUUGAAGUCGACGUGGUGAAAGAUAGCUUGUCCGAAAGGCGGCCACGUCCGCCGCAUCAGCAAUACCAACAGCAUAACCAGCAAGAGUCGGUAUCGAACGCUCCAAUAUCUUUACCUAGCGGAUGCUCCGCAUCGAGUCCUCCAAUAUCAAGUGAGCCAAAUUCGUCGCAAAGUGGUUGGACUUUUGACACAACUGCGGAUGCGGGAUUUGUGGCUACAACUGCCGUUCAGCCAUCUCCACAUCUUGGUCCGUGGACCACAGACUUUGACGAGACGUACUGGCUGAGCAUGAUCAAUGAGAUCCCCGACGUACCGAAUACAGAUCCCACAGAAACUGUCCAGAUAGGCGGAACCGUUGACGCAGCCGCUCUGGAGUACAACACUGUUUGGAAUCAAAUUCAGUUCUUUGAGUAAAGCACCUAAAGUGUUUUGCCUUGGCCUAGCUUGGAG